AAUUUCAAUUGUAUAUCAUAUUUAUUAAUCCAAUUAUCACAAUAUUAUAAUUAAUUAGAUAAAUAAAUAAAUAAAAACCAAAAAACAAAUAUUUUAAACCCUAAUCCAUGGAUGAAGUGUUGUCUUCAUAUCAGAAAAAGAUUGGUUCGUAUGACAAACAAAAAUGGGAGAAAACCAUCGAUGACCGUAUUGUGAACGGUUUGAAUGGACUGGAGUCGGCAAUGCCACGAAAGGUGGCCAAAGUCAAGACCGAACUGAUUGAUUUGGAUCUGAUUCGCGGUACAGCCUUUACGAAAGCUAAGCCACAACAAGGUUGGCUAUCGGCCACCUAUAAUGGCAUACAUCGGGUCCUACUAAUGCCGUUUUAUAUUAAAUGGUGGUCACAGCAGACAAACGGAUUGAUUUGUUUUAUAUUGUUAAGUCUCUAUGUAUUGCAAGUAAUAUCACUUCGCAUCUACUUUGAGGACAUGUUUUCCGGUUCCGAUAUCAAUGCCGACGCCACCACCACCACUACUACUACUACCAGCACAACAACAACACCGACAACCGAAUCGGACGACCAGUUUUCCGAAAUACCUGCCAGUGAAGUACUGAUGCCAAUCGUAAUGAUGGUCAUAUUGGGUGCCAUUCAUACGCAAAUAGUCGGUACUAAAGUGGUCAACAAAACCAGUAGCGGUGGUGGUGGUUGUGGUGGUGGUGUUGGUCAGCCAUCAUCGUGUAGUCAGUCCUCCUAUCAUACAUUGUCGUCGUCAAAGUCGUCGUCCAAUUCGUACAAACAGACGACAACAAAGAAACGAAAACGCAAAUCAAAGUCGUCACAGUCUUCACAGUCUUUUACUGAACGAAAGAGUUCAGAAACGACAACCAGUCAGCAGACAACCAACAGACAGCCGACAGUUGUUGUUUCGGAUGAAGAAAGCGGUUUAGGAAGUCUUGAUAUUAAAUCAGAUAUUUGUCUGAAUAAGAAACCAUUGAUCGAAAGGCGUGGAUUCGUUGUCGGAUCGAUGGAUAAGUUGAAUAUCGUAGAAGUCAUAGAUGAUCAUAGAAGAAGUGUUGGCGAUUGUAUUCCCAGUAUUAAGAUUAGCGAAAAACUAUCGGUCGAUAAUUCAGAAAUCAGUUCCGAUGAUUUCGAUGUCGAAGAUAACGAUACAAAACAGCAGCACUUUGUUUGGCGCCGAUUAUCUGAGUCGAGACACGAUAGAAGUAGUUGUAGAAGAAGAGGAGGAGUAGGAGGAGUAGGAUUAGGUGGUAAUAGCAAAUGCCAGCAAAACAGAAGACUCGAUGCUGACGAUGACGACGACGAUGACGAUGAGUUGGACAUCGAUUCAAUUACCCGGCGAUAUUCGGAGGGUAGCAAAGAUUUUAAACAAAAAAAUGGUAAACUAAGAGAUAGACUUAGAUUUAAGAAACAACAACAACUGCAACAACAACAACACAAACGAAGACGUGUCAAAUCGUUGCAUUUGUCUCCACCGCAACCGGCUUUCGCUGGUAGUCGUCAUCAUAAGAAACAACAACAGGAUCUACUAUACUCUUCGUGCGACUCGGAGGGCACACUAUCGCCAACCACUCCCAAUACGCCGACACCGGGUAUAGCCAUGGGCUCGGAUAUGGACUGGCCAUUGAUCAACUCCGAUGCCAGUUCGGAUGGCGACGAUGACGACGACGACAGCCAUCAGGAUACUGGCGGCUCGACUGCGGCCAAGUAUUUCAUUUAUCCGGAGUUUGGCGACGAAGUUGCGUCGCCAUUGUAUUCAAUAUUCAACGAGUUGUGUCACGACGAUACCACCAACGAGACUAAAGUCAGUUGUGCCAUUUGGCAACAGCACGAGUGCCAGAAAGUGGAUCUAUCAGUGAUGGACAUCAGUUCGUCGAUCAUACGUAAAGUAGAUUCGGCCAAACAUUCGGCCGAAUAUAUAUAUUUGGGAUUUGUUUUUUCCAUAAUACUGGCCAUUCUGCCCGGUCUGUUUCGUAUACAGCAAAACGGCAAUACGGCCGCCCAGUCGGCGGCAGCUAAUAGUUCAGAGAUUAUCGAUUUGUUGAACUUUCCGACAGUCGACUUGGAUCUGAUAGGCGAAUGUAUUUUCGGAUCUAAUUGGAGAGUACGGUGUGUUGUAUUGAUAGCAAUGAUUGAACGGCUGGUCCUAUCGUUGCUAUACUUUUUCCUAUUAUGUGUGGCGGAGCGCACCUUCAAACAGCGCUUUUUAUACGCUAAAUAUUUUUCGCAACUAACCCGUCGGGAUCGGGCUAAACGGUCGGAAGUGCCUCACUUUAGGCUACAUAAAGUUAGAAAUCUGAAAAUAUGGCUAUCGGUGCGAUCCUACUUACGAAGACACGGACCAAUUAGAUCUGUCGAUGCCAUCUGUUCGAGUAGUUUUGUAAUCGCUGUAUCCAUAUUGACAUUCAUCUGUCUUCAGCUACUGAAAGAGUCGGAGGUUUGUGCCGCCAAACUCUACUGUUGGGAAAUGGUAUUCUGGAAUCUGGCACUCGGCCUAUUCAUUAUGCGACUGAUGAUACUCGGCUCCCGUAUCAAUCGGAAAUACAGGGAAAACCUAUCCAUACUGAUCACCGAACAGAUCAAUCUGUAUCUCCAAAUGGAACAGAAGCCGCACAAGAAAGACGAACUAACACUGGCUAAUCAUGUCCUGAAAUUGGCGGCCGAUUUGCUCAAAGAAUUGGAAAGUCCGUACAAGAUCUCUGGCUUCUGUGCCAAUCCAUACCUCUAUAAUAUAACCAAAGUAGUCGUAUUGUCCGCCUUUUCGGCCGUACUAACCGAACUACUCGGGUUUAAACUUAAACUUUACAAAAUCAAACUCAGAUAAGUUGUUUGGUUUGGGGGAGUGGGUGGGUGGGUGGGUGUGUAUUAACCAACCAACCAACCACCCAAACCAAUCCAACCCACAUACCAUCAAUUGAUUAAACCACCGUACAAAACAUAUACAUACCGUUCCCGCCCCCACACAAACACACACACACACACUCUACAAAUACAUACAAACACACCAUUAAAGUGCCAAUUAUAACCAUUAUUAUUAUUAAUAUUAUAUCAUAUUUUCCUAACUAAACUAUGUUCAGGGAGCUGCUAGUAGUAAUGUCUAUUUUUAUCACAAUUGAUUUUUUUUAAUUAUUAUUAUUAUUAAAUACCAAAUUUUACCAAUUAUAUAUUUUUUUAGUAUUGAUAUAUUUUUUUUUUUUUUAAA